UAAUAUUCAAAACUUGCUAAGUGAAUAUGGAUUCUUUAUCUAUGUAAUGACAGAAAAUUCUUAUGCACGUAUCAAGAAUGCUGACAACCUUGUUGUUGAUGAAGUUCAUUUACAUUUCACACUUCUUCUCAUGCCAAAUUACACCCUUGAAUCUUCAAGAGAACGUUUAGCUGCUUUACACAAUGUGACACUGAACAUGACCGUGGCAGGGACGACAUUGGAAGUUGAAAUACAACCAGUUACAACACACAGAAAUGUACAGGACAAACUGAUGUUGCCGCCAACAAUGUUCCUACAAAUGUUACAUUCUUCUAUGCAUCUCGACAUGUCACUAAGUAUCAACGUUCCACUUGCUUUUAACAUGACAUGCUCAAUGGCUGAAUUUGGCAGUCGGGAAGUUAUCCGUGUAAACCAGUCUGUCUUCAUACAUGGAGAUAUAGAACUGAAUGAACAUGAGUACUUUACAAUAAAGCACGGAACCUACAUUAUAUGUCUUGAUGCAGUUUUCAGAAGACGGAAAGAGAUGGUCGUACAAAUGCCAGCUUAUAUAGCACCGGCAUUUCUUGCGUCUAAAAUAACUACAGCGGUAUGCCUAUCCCUCAGCAUACUCUUCCUCCUCCUCACCCUGUUGGUCUACAUCCUGAUUAAGGAGCUACAUACUGUGCCAGGCCUCAACCUCAUCCUGCUUUCAUCCUCCCUCUUCCUCGCACAUGUGUUUUAUCUGUUUGGAGCUGGAACUGUCACCACCCCGACCAUCUGCACCGUCAUUGGAGUCCUCCUUCACUACUUCUGGCUCGCGUCCUUUGCCUGGAUGAACGUCUGUUGUCUACACAUGUUCAGAGUCUUCACCAACCUCUUCUCCUCGCUACACUUUGCUGACAACAAGGAGUCUCUGAUGAUAAAGUAUUCAGUUUUUGCUUAUGGUGUUCCCCUGGUCAUUGUAACGAUGACGUUAACUAUCACCUACAUCCAGUCUGGCAACACAACUGUUGGCUAUGGUGGUCCUGCUCUGUGUUUCGUAGCUCCUGGAUUGGUGUCACUUGUUUCCUUUGGUGGUCCUGCUAGUCUAACACUUGUCAUCAACGGGGUAUUAUUUCUUUGGACGAUGAUCUCCAUACGACGCAGAAACACACAAAGUGAGUCAUUGGGAAAGAAACAGGCAAACGACGUCAUUACAUUCUUCAAACUGUCUACCAUAACAGGCCUGUCGUGGUUGUUCGGCUUCGUUGGCUACUUCCUUCAGAGAGUGGAGCUGAUGUAUGUGUUCACUGUGCUGACAGCUGGCCAGGGCGUCUUCAUCUUCCUCUCGUUCGUUGUCAGUCGGCGGAUCCUCAAGCUAAUCAGAGACCAUCUCAGAUGUCUGUGGGCGAAAAAGGAGAAAGGCCAUGUAAACACGACAGAAGAGUCAGCUGCAACAGGUGCUUCAAUGACGAACUCAUAUCAAGGAAAAGAGACACGCAUGUACUAUUAAUUAUGCAUAAAAAACAUCAA